GGACGGAGCAAAGGUGCAUGUUCUUUCGAAGAACCUGGGCCUCCCACUUCCCUGCCCUUUGGUACUGGGCCAGCACCAGUGUACUGUUCGGGAGUAGGGAAAGACCAUGCUAGGAUCUGUAGGAAGGAGUUGAAAGGCUGGCAGAUGUGUCCUGAAAAGAAAGCCUGGCAUGGGGCCCAGGGGAGGGACCCCUUCCCCUAAUCUUCUCUCCAGGAAUCUCUGGCUUUGGAACAGGAUGGCUGUCGUUAGGUUGGGGGUGGCGUCCAAGCUGAGUGCAUGUCCUGGGCCACCAGCCAAGAGAACACGAUGUUCCCAAGUGUGCUGGCUGCCGCCCUCUAGGGCUGGCCGCCUCCCAAACCGCUGCCUCUCCAACCUCCCUGCCCCACAUUCCCUGGCUGCCUCCACCGGCUGCCUUGGCCUGCCUCCUUCCUCUGCUUUGACGUCACCAUUGUCUCCCGCCCCCUCUUCUCCAUUCACAGCGGCAGAGCCUGGUUACUGAGGGGACGGUGAGGUAGGAUGACCUGGGCCUUAGGAGUGGGUGGAGGCUGCUGGAGUGCAGGACCUUUUUUUCUUUGUAAAAUACCGAUGUGGAGGUGGGCGAGCAAGGACUGCCUGGGACAGGGCAGAUCACACCUAAAUCUCCUGAGGAGAGCUGGGGAGGAGAAAAACUGUUUGCAGAGAAGAGGUUCUGGAAGUGACACAACCAUAGAGCCACAGUAUAUGGGGGUGGGUUGGGCAGGAGAGCAUCAAGGAGAUUGAGAAUCUAUAUCCUUGUUUUUUGUUUUCUUGCUACGGUUUUUCUGGGUUAUUUUAUAACACCUCUGUGUCCCAGCUUUUCCACAGAGCCCUCCCUCUGUCCCUUUUGCUCACCCAGGGGAAACACCAUUGUUAAGGAAAGCUUAGGCCACGUGAUAGUGAAGGGCAGGCACCCACAUCUGACUUUGGUAGCAGCUGCCUGGGAGCUGCUUCACCUGCUAUCCAUGGUUCCAUGAAACCCUGAGAGGAACUGCUGUACUUAUUACUGUCUGGAUGAAGGAGCUGUGUAACAGAAUUUCUCCUGGAUGCAAAGGGGCAUUUUAUUCUCCCAAAUCAAGCUUCUACUUUCUCUUUAGAGCUCAGUGCUCUGCUCUACCCUUCUUUAAAGAAAUGACAAUUUUUCAGCCCCACUCUCCACCUUCCUUACCUCCCACACCUAUCCAUUUUACAAACAAAAUUAUCAUUUUGUCAUGUUUAUCAAUCACCUAUCAUGUGUUGAGCUCCUGUCCUGAGCACUAGAGAGUACAGUGACUGAGAUAUGAAGUCCCAACUGGGCCCCCAAAUCUUUUCCUUUUCCAAGCAGUGGGGACACCCCCCCCCUUUCUGUGUCUAGUGCUCCAGUUGGCCACUUGUCCUUGCUGCCCCCUUCCUCCCUCUGUAGUCCUAGCUUCCUGGCCCUCUCUUUUGGGGCAUUCCUAAGUGUGGAUGUCUCUGGAGAGAAGCACUAGUCACCAUGUAGGCUGCGGGGAGACCUAUUCUCUGAUUGGCUGUAGAAACACCUGUCAUUGUUUCCCUUCAUAACUUCCAUUGGCUCUGGCUGCCCCUUUCCUUGUCUGUAUUCUCCACCCACUCAUCCUCCAGUCACACGUGGACCCUCAGUUCAGUUGCCCUUUCAGAAUUUGAAGUGUCAGAGGAUGGGUUUAGCUUCAUUAUGUAUGAUGACAAGGUUGGAGAGAACCCAGGAAAGAUCAAGCCGGAUUUCGUUUGUCCCUGACAGGGUCCAGCCAUUUCAUCGAGUUUGGUCCAGCUCCCAAGGUCUGCCUUCCUUUUCCCUUCCUACCCCUGGAUAGGCCAAGUUGUCCUGUUUUGUAAGGCUGGGCAGAUCAGGAAGUAGACUUUCUUGAGCACUGUGGCCUGGGCAUUUUCCCCAAAAAGGGCCAGCUUACCUCCCCUCACUUCCCUUCCAUUAUUCACAGUGCAGGUGGUCCUGUGUCCAUUGGGCGGUGUCUGCACCCUUCAGUCCAGUGCCAGCACCCAGGUCCACGUGCGCCCGCGUGUGUGUGUGUGUGUGUGUGUGUGUGUGUGUGUGUGUGUGUGUGACACAGCCCUGACCUCAGUGGGGGCCAAUAGCCAAUCAGGCGCCAGGGAGUGAUCCCUAGCCAAUCGGGGGCGGGGCCUACGGCUCUGCAGGCCGGAGGCCAAUGAGGGGCAGCGCCUGGCAUUAUGCAACCCGCCUCCGGGGGCCUCUCAGAGCUUCUACUCGGCUGCUGGGUGGAACGGCAUCGAGCAGGCGGCUGGAGGGCGCUCACACGGCCAGGUGCUGGCUGUGAUCAUUCUUAAUCCUCAGAGACAGAUCCCACCUCACUCCCUCAGCCAGGCCUCAAAGCCCCCUUGGGGUGUUCGUGGUGGCAUCUCCACUCUCUGUAUUUUCCUGUUCUCCUCCACAUGGCCUAGACAUGAGUGUCCCCCUGGAAGGGGCUGAUGGGGGAGGGGACCCCAGGCCAGGAGAAACCUUUUGUCCUGGAGAAGUCCCAUCCCCUGGCCCCCCACAACACCGGCCUUGCCCAGGCCCCAGCCUGGCUGAUGACACCGAUGCCAACAGCAAUGGCUCAAGUGGCAAUGAGUCCAAUGGGAAUGAGUCCAGGGGUGCAUCCCAGCGGAGCUCACAUAGCUCCUCCUCUGGCAAUGGCAAGGACUCUGCCCUGUUGGAGACCACUGAGAGCAGCAAGAGCACAAACUCCCAGAGCCCAUCCCCACCCAGCAGUUCCAUUGCCUACAGCCUCCUGAGUGCCAGCUCAGAACAGGACAACCCUUCUACCAGUGGCUGCAGCAGUGAACAAUCGGCCCGGGCAAGGACCCAGAAGGAACUCAUGACAGCACUUCGGGAGCUCAAGCUUCGACUGCCACCAGAACGUAGAGGCAAGGGCCGCUCUGGUACCCUCGCCACACUACAGUAUGCAUUGGCCUGUGUCAAGCAGGUGCAAGCCAACCAAGAUUACUACCAGCAGUGGAGCCUGGAGGAGGGUGAGCCUUGUGCCAUGGAUAUGUCCACCUAUACCCUGGAGGAACUAGAGCACAUCACAUCUGAGUACACUCUUCGAAACCAGGAUACCUUCUCCGUGGCUGUCUCCUUCUUGACAGGCCGAAUUGUCUACAUUUCGGAGCAGGCAGGUGUCCUGCUGCGGUGCAAGCGGGAUGUGUUCCGGGGUGCCCGCUUCUCAGAGCUCCUGGCUCCCCAGGAUGUGGGUGUUUUCUAUGGCUCCACUGCCCCAUCUCGUCUGCCCACCUGGGGCACUGGGGCCUCUGCAGGUUCAGGCCUCAAGGACUUUACUCAAGAGAAGUCUGUCUUCUGCCGUAUCAGAGGAGGUCCUGACCGGGAUCCAGGGCCUCGGUACCAGCCAUUCCGGCUAACCCCAUAUGUGACCAAGAUCCGAGUCUCAGAUGGGGCCCCUGCACAGCCCUGCUGCUUGCUCAUUGCAGAGCGCAUCCACUCGGGUUAUGAAGCUCCUCGAAUACCCCCUGACAAGAGGAUCUUCACCACGCGACACACACCCAGCUGCCUCUUCCAGGAUGUGGAUGAAAGGGCUGCCCCACUGCUGGGCUACCUGCCCCAAGACCUCCUGGGGGCCCCAGUGCUCCUCUUUCUGCAUCCUGAGGACCGGCCUCUCAUGCUGGCCAUCCACAAGAAGAUUCUGCAGUUGGCUGGCCAGCCCUUUGACCACUCCCCUAUCCGCUUCUGUGCCCGCAAUGGGGAGUAUGUCACCAUGGACACCAGCUGGGCUGGCUUUGUACAUCCCUGGAGUCGCAAGGUGGCCUUUGUUUUGGGCCGCCACAAAGUACGCACGGCACCCUUGAAUGAGGAUGUGUUCACUCCCCCGGCCCCCAGCCCAACUCUGUCCCUGGACUCUGAUAUUCAGGAGCUCUCGGAGCAGAUCCAUCGGCUGCUGUUGCAGCCUGUGCAUAGUUCCAGUCCCCCUGGGUUUUGUGGAGUUGGCCCUGUGGCAUCCCCUGGUCCUCUUCAUAGCCCUGGCUCCUCCAGUGAUAGCAAUGGGGAUGAUGCUGAGGGGCCUGGGCCUCCUACUCCAGUAACUUUCCAGCAGAUCUGUAAGGAUGUACAUCUGGUGAAGCACCAGGGACAGCAGCUUUUCAUAGAGUCCCGGGCCCGGCCUCCACCCCGGCCUCGACUCCCUACUUCAGGAAUAUUCAAGGUCAAGGCCCUUCCCUCACUGUCCCAAGACCCAGAGCUGGAGACUGUCCCUGCUCCCAUUCAGGCCCCAUUAGCCUUGGCCCCUGAGGAGGUUGAGAGGAAAGAAACCUCCAGCUGUUCCUACCAGCAGAUCAACUGCCUGGACAGCAUCCUCAGGUACCUGGAGAGCUGCAACAUCCCCAGCACGACCAAAAGAAAAUGUGCUUCCUCCUCCUCCUGUACUGCCUCUUCAGCCUCUGAUGAUGACAGACAAAGGACAGGUCCAGUCCCUGUGGGGGCCAAGAAAGAUCCACCGUCUGCAGUGCUGUCUAGGGAGGGGGCCACUCCUCGGAAGGAGCCAGUGGUGGGAGGCACCCUGAGCCCGCUUGCCCUGGCCAAUAAGGCAGAGAGUGUGGUGUCUGUCACCAGUCAGUGUAGCUUCAGCUCGACCAUCGUUCAUGUGGGAGACAAGAAGCCCCCGGAGUCGGACAUCAUCAUGAUGGAGGACCUGCCUGGUUUAGCCCUGGGCCCGAGCCCCAGUCCAGCCCCAAGCCCCACAGUAGCUCCUGACCCAGCCCCAGAUGCCUACCGCCCAGUGGGCCUGACCAAGGCUGUGCUGUCCCUGCACACACAGAAGGAAGAGCAAGCCUUCCUCAGCCGCUUCCGAGACCUUGGCCGACUGCGUGGACUUGACAGUUCUUCCACAGCUCCCUCGGCCCCUGGCGAGCGAGGCUGCCACCAUGGCCCCACGCCCCCCAGCCGCCGACACCACUGCCGAUCCAAAGCCAAGCGCUCACGCCACCAUCAGACCCCCCGGGCUGAAACCCCCUGCUUUGUCUCCCACCCCUCACCUGUACCCCCCUCUGGCUCCUGGCCACCCCCGCCAGCCACUAACCCCUUCUCAGCAGUGGUCCAGCCCUACCCCCUCCCGGUGUUCUCCCCUCGAGGACCCCAGCCUCUUUCCCCCGCCCCCACCUCUGUUCCUCCUGCUGCUUUCUCUGCCCCCCUGGUAACCCCAGUGGUGGCCUUAGUGCUGCCUAACUAUCUGUUCCCCACCCCAUCCAGCUAUCCCUAUGGGUUACACCAGGCUCCUGCUGAGGGACCUCCUACCCCUGCCUCCCACUCGCCUUCACCUUCCCUGCUGCCCCUGCCCCUUAGCCCCCUGCACCGCCCCGACUCCCCACUGUUCAACUCAAGAUGCAGCUCUCCACUCCAGCUCAAUCUACUGCAGCUGGAAGAGCCCUCCCGCACUGAGGGAGGUGCUGUUGCUGGGGGCCCUGGGAGCAAUGGUGGGCCCCCACCUUCCGGUGAGGAGCCUGUGGAGCCAGAGACCAGACUGGUGGAGGUAACUGAGUCCUCCAAUCAGGAUGCGCUGUCUGGCUCCAGUGACCUGCUGGAGCUGCUUCUCCAAGAGGACUCUCGCUCUGGCACAGGCUCUGCAGCUUCAGGCUCCCUGGGUUCUGGCUUGGGUUCCGGGUCUGGCUCAGGCUCCCAUGAGGGUGGCAGCACGUCAGCCAGCAUUACUCGCAGCAGUCAGAGCAGCCACACAAGCAAGUACUUUGGCAGCAUUGACUCUUCAGAGGCUGAGGCUGUCGCUGUUCAGGCCCGGGCUGAGCCUGGGGACCAGGUCAUUAAGUAUGUGCUCCAGGAUCCUAUCUGGCUGCUCAUGGCUAAUGCUGACCAGCAUGUCAUGAUGACCUACCAGGUGCCCUCCAGGGACACAGCCUCUGUGCUGAAGCAGGACCGGGAGCGGCUGCGGGCCAUGCAGAAGCAACAGCCUCGGUUCUCAGAGGACCAGCGGCGGGAACUGGGUGCUGUGCACUCCUGGGUCCGGAAGGGCCAGCUCCCUCAGGCCCUUGAUGUGAUGGCCUGUGUGGACUGUGGUAGCAGCACCCAAGACCCUGGCCACUCUGAUCACCCACUCUUCUCAGAGCUGGAUGGACUGGGGCUGGAACCCAUGGAGGAGGGCGGAGGCGAGGGUGAGGGUGGUGAGGAGCCCCGGGCCCAAGCUGAGGCCAAGAUGUCAGGCUCUCAGGAUUCAUCCAUGGAGGAGGAAGAACAAGGAGGUGGGAGCUCAUCCAGUCCAGACUUACCAGCUGCAGAAAAUGGCACCAGCUAGACUCCAUUUGGGAGCCACUUCCUGGUGUCCUUGAAAGGCUUCCUUUUCCCAUGUUGCUCCUCCCACAUGGCUGGACCAACUAGUAGGAAACUGCCCCAGCUUCUCCCGCUGUAGGGGGCAGGACCCCCAUCACCAGUCCAGGAUCCAGGGGCUGCUUUUGGCCUCUUAGGGAACAGGGGUGGAACUUUUCAGCCCAGCCCAGAGGAGUGAAGAGUCCUUUCUUCUGGGUAAAGUUGCUGAUAAGCUGCUGAAAUGGUCUCCAAAUCCCAGCUGAGCCUGAAUCUGGUCCCCAGGGUUGGGGCUGCACUUAUUUAUUGGGGGAGACAGCUAGCUCUCCUGCUUCUUCCCCAGAU